GGUAAAUAUAAUUUAUGAAUGAAAAAUGGAAGUUGUGACUAUGCAAAGCUACGGAUUAUUUCUUGUGAUAUUUUUAUGUUUUACAUGGGGACUUAGGGCCACUGCGGGUAACAUAAUUCUGCCGGAGACCCCUAGUCAACCGUCGAUACCCAUUUGUACAUCAUACAGUGGACUCUGCCAUUUGUUAUAUAACUUGACGGAAACAGAAUCUCACGAGGUUCUCAACAGUCAACAGCAGAUUUGUAGAUGUCCUGGUAGACCAUGUGACACCGACUGGACAGACACCGGUCGAUCCAUCAUCAAGGUCUUUAAAAAUGCAGGACAGGAAGUUGAAGUUAAGAUGAAUUAUUGUACGUUGCAUCAACCAGACAAAGUUUGUCGGCAGAACGAGGUUGCCCUUAUAACACGUGGCAGAGGACCUUUUACGUUUGAAAUUGCAGACGAUUUUAGAUGCCGCUGUUACAGACAGAUGUACGCACACAGGUCUUGGAGAGACGGGGACUAUAACUAUAUAGAAUACAGUUGUGGAAAGCCACGUUGUAGUCAUAACCGAAGUCCAACGACAGAUUGCAUGAGAAUUAUGUAUGAUAGCUCGACGGACAGUUUUACUCACGAUUAUCUUUGUCGGUGCCGACGACAUGAGGAAUGUAUUGGCGGACCUAUUCCAUCACCUACACGGCCUGAGACCAUCCGAACAUGUCAACGAAUAACUCCAGCUGAACUUGACCGCCGUCGAUCAGUUCGUCGGCAAUACCGGAACAUUCAACAACAUUGAAUUUAUUGAACGUUUUCCGGAGUGCCAAUUUUACAUAUAAAACUCUUCAGUUCAAUGUAAAUUGAUACAUGUUCUGCGAGAACAACGAUUGACUUGAGCAUUAUCAGUUCAGAAAAAAGUGGUAGCAUACUUUAAAAAUGUUUACAAGGAAUUUAGAUGGUAAUGUAUCGUGACUUAACGAUGUCAAAUUGACAAUGUCGCUUGUGACAUAAGACAAACUAGGUGAACAAUUUAAAUGACAAACACGGUCCAGUUUUAUAAUAGCCUCGUUUUUUAAAUUAUUAAACGUCUUUAAAAUGGUAUAUAAUUUAAGUAACAAACAAUAUUAUUAUUUCUACAAUUUUAAUUGUUCAACAACACCAUAUAAAGAAGAAAACCCGUAUUAAAUAAGACCGCUAAAAUAUUUAACGUUACAGCAAAAGAAAAAAGUAUUUGUUUGACACAGAUGUACCAGUUAUAAUCAUAUCAGAUGUAAAUGUAAGAUAAUAUGUUGUAUAAAUUGUAGGUUAGAUCUG